AUGGGUAGAAGAAACUGGUCACUCCUAAGCCAUCUGAAGAGGUCCCUUAAGAAGGUAAGCUUCCUACUGCACCACUUUUACAUCCACCGGUGUCGGCUAGCUUCCAUCACAAAUGCUCGUAAGAGUCGCAGUGUAAGCUUUAAUGACCGGUUAGGCUUGUGUGAAUUCACCAAAGAUGAAAAUCAGAACGAAAGUAGUUCGACAUGGUGUCUGCAGAGGACAAGAAGCUAUGCUGCUGCUGUUGCUGCUGAUGAAGAAGAUAUCGAUAAGAGAGCAGAGAUGUUCAUUGUUAAUUUUCGUCGUCAGCUUCGGUUGGAAAGACAGAUCUCUCUGGAGCUAAGUUAUUGCAGAGGAAACAGUUUUGGGACUUAA